AUGCGCGGAAUCCCACCCCGCACGCAGCUAUCCGCGGCGAGCUUCGUCUGCCGCAGCUGCCGCCAGCAGCAGCAGCAGCAGCAGCAGCGACAACGCCGCCAGUACUCGAGCAACAUCAGCCCUCCGCCGCCGGCACCGCCCGCCGCCGGCUUCACCGCCCUCCCCUCGCGCCGCCUCAUCUCCGUCGCCGGCCCGGACGCCGCCAAGUUCCUCCAGGGCGUCAUCACCGCCAACAUCGCGUCCAAGGAGGCCCGCGCGCGCGAGACGGGCUUCUACGCCGCCUUCCUCAACGCCACCGGUCGCGUGCUGCACGACGUCUUCGUCUACCCGGACACCGCGGGCCUGGGCGGCGCCGCGGCGGCCGCGGAGGAGCAGGCCGGGACGCGGUUCCUGAUCGAGGCCGACGCGAACGAGGCCGAGAGGCUGGCGAAGCACAUCAAGCGGUACAAGCUGCGCGCCAAAUUCAACGUGCGGCUACUGGCGGUGGACGAGGCCACGGUGUGGCACGCGUGGGACGACAGCGGGAAGCCCAUCACGACGGACGCUGCUACGUUGACGAGGGACCCGAGGACGCCUGGGUUGGGAUACCGUCUUAUUCAGGGCAAGGACACGCCGCCGCAGUUGGAUCUCGAGGCUACGACGGAGGACAGCUACACGAUCAGGCGGUACCUGCAGGGCGUGGCUGAGGGACAGGACGAGAUCAUCCGGGAGCACGCGCUGCCGCAGGAGACCAACAUGGACUUUAUGAACGGCAUCGAUUAUCACAAGGGCUGCUACGUAGGACAAGAGCUCACGAUUCGCACGAAGCACCGCGGAGUAGUGCGGAAGAGGAUACUCCCAUGCAUGAUUUACGACGUGGACAGGGCGGCGCCUCAGACAUUGCAGUACAGGCCGGAAGAAGACACGAAUCACGGGCCCGAGGGUCUGCCGGCGGAGACGAUCCCUCGAGAGACCAGCAUUGGCCGGGCUGGCAAGAAGGGCAGGAGCGCGGGCAAGUGGCUCAAGGGUGUUGGGAACGUCGGCCUGGGGCUUUGCCGCCUGGAGAUCAUGACCGACAUUGUACUACCUGGCGAGACCGCUGCCUCGACGUACGACCCUUCUAACGAGUUCCUGUUGCAAUGGGGCGAGGAUGACAAGAACAACGCGGUGAAGAUCAAGGCAUUCGUGCCUGAGUGGGUGAGAAAUGGGUUGAGCGAAUGA